UCAGUUUGACAGUAAGUAAAUGAUAACUUAUCAAUAUUAUUUUCUCAAAUUUAAUUAAUUAAAGUAUAAUAUUAACAACGAGGAACAAAAUGUGGACAUGUAAUUUUUUAUGUACAAUAUUAUUUUCGAUUGUAUUUCUCUUCCAUUCUAUUCAAGGUGUUGAAAUUCCAGAACAGUUUCAAAAGUCAAACCACACAAAUAACUGGGCAGUUUUGGUAGAUACAUCGCGUUUUUGGUUCAAUUAUCGUCAUGUAGCGAAUGUUCUAUCCAUAUACCGGAGUGUGAAGAGGUUAGGCAUUCCUGACAGUCAGAUCAUCCUGAUGAUAUCCGACGACAUGGCGUGCAACCCCCGCAACCCGCGCCCGGCAACCAUCUUCAACAAUGCACAUGAGCAGAUCAAUGUGUAUGGAGAUGAUGUUGAAGUAGACUACAGAGGAUAUGAAGUGACUGUAGAAAACUUCGUUCGCCUGUUAACAGGGCGUGUACCACCAGACACGCCACGAUCCAAGAGACUGCUCACUGACGAGGGCAGCAACAUCCUCAUCUACCUCACCGGUCAUGGUGGAGAUGGGUUCCUUAAGUUCCAGGACUCAGAAGAGGUCACCAGCCAGGAACUUGCUGAUGCUCUUGAACAGAUGUGGCAGAAGAGAAGAUAUAAUGAGAUAUUCUUUAUAAUAGACACCUGCCAAGCAUCAUCCAUGUAUGAGAAAUUCUACUCUCCAAACAUUCUUGCCACGGCUAGCAGUUUGGUAGGAGAAGAUUCUCUAUCUCAUCAUGUGGACUCAGCUAUCGGCGUGUACAUCAUCGACAGAUACACUUACUACGUGCUGGAGUUCUUAGAGAAUGUGCACCCCAAUAGCAAAAGGAGCAUGUCAGAAUUUCUGGCAGUAUGUCCUAAGAGCGCGUGCCUAUCCACGGUGGGCGUUAGAAGCGACCUGUUCAAGCGAGACCCCAAGAAGGUGCCCAUAACAGACUUCUUCGGGUCCGUGCGACCUGUCGUCAUCACCACAGACCCCAUAGACAUACUCGACAUUCCUAAGCGAAAGAACAAGCCUGAGAACAAAACCAAAGUACCAGAGAAGAGAGCGUACCUGCCACAAUUCCCAGUACAUCUAGUCACAAAGAAAUAAACGGUAUUCAUUGUUUAAUAUAAUAAUUUAGUUAACCGCUAAUUUAAUAAACGACUUUUUUU